UCGCCGACGGUCCAGCGGCAUCAUGCUGCCCGGCUCCCUGCUCUGUCUGCUCGGGGGCUGCCUGCUCAGGCACUGGGCGUCUGGCAGCGACUUGAACUGCACCCCACAGGAGUAUCAGCACGAUGGCAGGUGCUGCAACCGCUGUGCGCCAGGACUCAAGGUGCGGUCUGACUGCACUGCCUCGCGGAACACUGAGUGCGAGCAGUGCGAGGCGAGACACUUCCAGUCCAGCUGGACCAAGGAGAGACACUGCACCCCCCACAGAUCUUGCGAUCACAACGCUGGACUUGACACGAGGAGCCCCGGGGAUACCAAGCACAAUGCCGAGUGCCAGUGCCAGCAGGGCAUGUACUGCUCCAGCCCCGACUGCCAGACCUGCUUGAAUAUCACGGCCUGCAGGCCCGGCGAAGGAGUUGCUCGGAAAGCCGACAACUUUUCAGACACAGUCUGUGUGCCGUGUGAACAUGGCAGCUUCUCCAACAUCUCCUCCACCUCCGAGCCGUGCCACCUCUGGACAAGCUGCGAGACACUGGGGCUGGUGCGGAAGGUGCCUGGGACAAACCGCUUGGAUGUGGCUUGUGAGCGUGGCCGCGGACGCUUCCCAGUGCUGAUCUCUUUUAUGGCCAUUAUUGGAGCCUCUCUCGUGGGGCUCAUUCUCUUCUGCCUGUAUCAGAAAGGUCUCCAGCAGCACAGACUGAAGCAGGGCCCGGAGCAGCUGGAUCCCGUGGAGACUGUGGUGCUGCCAGCCGUGGAGGUGUGCGUGGAGCAUGACGAGCGCCAAGACUUCCCUGUCCAGGAGACCCUGCUGGGGCGCCAGCCCGUAGCACAGGAGGAUGGCAAGGAGAGCCGCAUCUCGGAGCAGGAGAGGCUGUGAGGCCCUGUCGUGGGGAGCAUCUGCCUCGCCCAGCACACACAGCCAGGGCUGGCCUCCUCCGCCUGGCACACAGCAGGGCCCAGCCCAGGGGGCUGUGCCAUGGGGUAACCCAGUGCCCUCCUCCCCUCCCUGGCUCAGCCCCGGGCAGGGGGCAGUGAGAGGGGGCCCAGCACAGCCAGGAGCAGAGCAUUCAGGGGCGUGUACAGAGAGCGGGGUGGAGCAGUGGCUCUCACCCUUUCCCGACUCCUGUACCCUUCAGGGGACUGAUUUGUCUUGUGUACCCCUGAGUUUCACCUCACAUAAAAAUGACUUGCUUGCAAAAUCAGACAUAGAAACCCAAAAGCGUCACAGCGCACUAGUACUGCACAACAGCUGACUUUCUCAUUGUGACCAUAUCGUUCUAAAAUAAAGCGAUUGGGAUAUGAAUAUUGU